AUGUUUCCUGGAGGCUCUCAUGUGGAGCUAGAUGACCUGCCUUCGACGCUCAUACCCUGCUGCGGCGAGCCACCGAAGGUGCGCAAAGUACGUUUCAACCUCACCAUGAAUACGAUACAUGAAGUCACUCCCUACUCUGAGAUCUACGGAAUGCACCCGCGGCUACUGAAGGUCCUCCCGGGCGAAUUCUACUUGCAGCCAGCCCCGCGACGAGAUGAUCGCAGCAGCGAUAGCGAGGACGAGGAGAUCUUAUGUUUGUCUUCUCAGUAA